AUGAUUUCCUCAACGCUGGGGUCCAAAAUGAAACCGCGUUCAGCCUCUUUUCUUAACAUUUUGGAGAAAUCAAUCAAGUUUUCUACAUCUGCUAGAGCUUGGGCUCCAACAGUCUCGCAGCCUCCAGAGAGUUUACUGAAGCCUUUGACAGUCCCACAUAAGCUGUUAAUGGGAGCUGGACCGUCCAACUGCUCGCCUAGGGUUCUGGCCGCAGGAAAAGUGCCAAUGCUUGGACAUCGUCAACCUGAGACGAUAGAGAUAAUGGAUGAAGUGCAGAAGGGAUUGCGCUACCUGUUUCAGACCCACAACGAGUGGACUUUUGCUAUCUCCGCAACGGGCAACGGGGCCAUGGAGGCGACAGUAGUGAAUCUCCUAGAACCGGGCGAGACGGCGCUGGUGUGUGCCAAUGGAAUGUGGGGUCAUCGUUUUGCUGGAAUGGUGGAACAGAAUGACUGUGUUGCCAAGAUCAUUGUCCGUCCAUUUGGAGAAGUCUUCAACAUUGAGGAGAUAGAAAAGGGUUUACGAGAACAUAAGCCCUCAAUUGUGUUCGUCGUGUAUGGAGAAUCUUCAGCAGGGACAGUCCAGCCUCUAGAAGGGAUUGGAGAGCUCUGCCACAGAUACAAUGCUCUUCUGGUGGUAGAUGCAGUUGCCAUACUUGGCGGUGCUCCGCUGUUUACCGACGACUGGGAUAUCGAUGUUAUCUACGGCGCGACACAGAAAUGCAUGAGUGCACCUCCUUCUCUAAGUCCAAUCACGUUCUCCCAGAGAGCCAGGGAUAAAAUCGCCAGCAGAAAAAAACCAAUACGAUCGUAUUAUUUUAAUGCUCCUGCCAUAGCUGACCACUGGGGUUGCGAUGGGAGAUCACGUGGCUUUCAUCAUACAGAAAUGGUAACGAAUGUAUAUAUGUUGAGGGAGUCCCUAGCUAUUUUUGCUGAAGAGGGAUUGGAGAAGGUUUGGAAAUCUCACAGAGACUGUGCACAGCUUCUGCAUCAAGGAUUAGAACAUCUUGGCCUGGAAUUUUUAAAAGUGAGGAACCCAUGUGUAACAACAGUCAUAGUUCCAGAUGGCGUCAGCAGAAAAGACGUUAGUGAUUACGCGAUGAGGCACUACAGAAUAGAUAUACCCGGAGGUGUUCCUGACAUGGUGGACAAAGUCUGGCGUAUAGGAAUCAUGGGAUACAACAGUAAAGCAGAAAACAUCAAACUAACACUGAAAGCUUUCAGCGAAGCUCUGAGCAGUGUGCAGAAGAAGUCAACAGUUUAG